AUGGCUGGUUGGACCCGUGUCCCAGUUGGCUCGCCGAAGUUUGCCAUCUACUGGGGUCCACAUCCCACGCCGGAGAUGCUGCGGAGCUUCAACCCUUUCCAGAGGGCAAACCACUUUCCGAACUCCUGGCAGUUGGGGCGGAAGGACCUUCUGGGCAAGAACAUCCACAGGAUGAAGCGACAGUUCCCAAAAGACUACAACAUCAUGCCAUUGAGCUUCAGUCUCCCUGAAGACAGCCAAGCUUGGAGCCAGGCGAGAGAUCAGAAUCCGGAGGCUCUCUGGAUUUGGAAGCCUGCCAAUCUCAGCUGUGGCAAGGGCAUUCGCCUCUUUGCGUCCUCCAUCUCCCCUGGAGCUGAGAAGAAGAUCCUGCAGAGGUCGGGUGUUGUUCAGCGCUACGUGGAUGGGCCGUUACUGAUCAACGGUUUCAAGUUUGACCUGCGCCUCUACGUGGUGGUAACCUCUUUCGAUCCCCUGAAGGUCUACAUCAACGAGGAGGGACUUGUGCGCCUGGCUACGCAGAAGUAUCGGUGUUCGGCCGACAGUCUGCAAGAGAGGACCAUGCACCUUACAAAUUACUCGGUGAACAAGCACGCAGCUAGCUACAAGCAAAAUCUGGAUGGCCAAGAUGCGGAAGAUGCUGAUGCUGUGACUCCGGGGGAGGGAGCCGAGGCCGAAGAAGAGGCCUCCGAAAGCCUGAAAGCUGAGGCCCCGCGGGGUGGCGAUUCCACCGAAGCGGAGGAGAGCACUGGAUCUUCGAAGUGGUCCUUGAGGCAACUCGAGGAGUAUUUCAAGACUCAGGGCCUUGACUACGGAUUGGCGAUGUCGCGAAUCGAGGAUGUCAUUAUCAAGACUCUCAUCGCUGUGGAGCCGCAGAUUGUGAACACCUGGCACCAGGGGGCGAACUUCUCCGUCGCAAGUUCUGGCCCCAUCCAGCAGAUUGGCCCACACCAGACCUGCUUUGAGAUCUACGGUUUCGAUAUCCUGUUGGAUACUGAACUGCAGCCGUGGCUGCUGGAGGUGAACGUUUUCCCGUCCUUCUCCUCUUCUUCGCCCUACGAUAAGAGGAUCAAGACCCAACUCGUGGCUGAUGUGUUCACCUUGCUCGGUAUACCACCCUACAGCCACGAUGCCGUAGAAAAUGCAUGCAAGGAGGAGCAAGCGAAACGUUUGCAAGGCCAGUCAAAAUCAUUGUCCAUCACCAGGUCGCACACAGUCUCAACGAUUAAAUCGGCAUCCCUGAAGAGUUUGGGGGAGGCUGAGCGGCGACUGAUUCUCGAGUCUCACGAGGAAAACAUGCGAAGCGGGCACCUGACUCGAAUCUAUCCUCGUCAGGCUUCCGGCGCAUAUUCUCAGUUCUUCGCGUCUCAGAGGUACACAAACCUCGUCUUGGAGCGAUGGAUUCAGUUGGGUGGAGAGCAGUCUUUCGAAUUCGACGCUUGUGACCAAAUCCCCAUCGGUGCUUCAUUUGGGCACAGCGAGUGCCCAUCCGUGGAGCAGAAAAGAAGACUUGCUCCGCUUGGCUUAUGUGGGAUUGGGCUUGGCCAGUUGCCGCCAGACACCAUGACGGCAGCCGAAGCGAAAUUCUACAGGGAUGGUUAUACACACCGAACGGUGCUGUAUGACAGCAUGCAGGAUGCCAAGGCCGAAUAUGGCGGCGCACUGAACUUCAGCGCAUAUCGCCAGGGCCGUGACAGACAGUACCUGGGCGUCAAUGGGAAGAACUACUAUGCGAAACCGUGGGGCAACGACUCCUCCAAUAUCCAGGCGGUGAUUAAUGGACCAUCCUACUGGAAGCGUGUGUACUAUCGCGAGAACAUUGCGGCGCGGUUCGCACGUGAAGAUGCGGAGGCAGCCGAACGCAAGGCUCAGGCUGAGAUAGCAGAGGCCCUUUCGAACGGGGCAGGUGAGGCGCCACCGAGGCGAUCGCAGUCGGAAAGCGCCCUGCAGAAGCCGAAGACCCUCGACGCAAAGGACACGUACGCGCCCAUCAAGGAGAACAUGAAGCCUUUCGUGGAGAAACAAGGCAAGCCACGCAUCAGAGCUAUGGAGGCCGGAGAGCGAUUGCACUUCUUCAAUACCCUUCACAACAAGUACCACAUGAAGGCUGGUGGCAAGAACCUGGAGUGGAAUGUUUCCAAGCAGACCCACCGAAGUACCAAGAAUGAGCUGAACUGGAUCUUGUCCAACUACUUCCGCACUGACUCGCAUGCCGCCGGCUUGGCUCUGCUCUUGAGGAUGUACGGUUUCCAAAACGUUACCGGGACUCAGCAGGUCAGCGCAUGUUGGGCAUAG